ACAACUCUUACCAAAGUCUUCCAGCACAAUUAAAAAUUUCAUUUUUGAGAAACAGUGACACCUGCAAGUAGAUGCACUUGUGCCUCCUCACUGCAUUCUGCAGCUGAAGACGGGACGCCCGUGUCAGGCUAUUUACAGAUAAUGCUGAGCAAGAGAACGUUCCCACAGCUGAAAUGACAUGAAGAGAGUGACCCGUUCGCCUGCGAAGCGCCUCUGAUUAAUGCAGCCUGCUAGAAAAUGGAAACAAUGGAAAUAAUGGAUCCGGAGAGCCAGAUGACAGCACUGCAGGACGACACGGCGGCGGAGGAACCGGAACCGCUGAACGACGUGCUGGAGGAUUUGAGCAACAGUCUGAGAGAGGUUGUCCAGGAUGGUGCUGUGAAGCCCAAACUCCACUGCCUGAUGAUGGAUCCAUCCUUCUCCAUGGUCACGGUCCAGAGCGAGGACAGUGGGAUUGUUUGGGAAACCGCUUCCAGCCGCUGCUCUACGCCGUGGGCCUCCGAAUUCAAUGCAGAACCUGCAUACUCUCCCUGCGCCUCUGGAACGGCUGGCAGGAUUGUGUUCAUUAUGGACGAAGAACUGAUGAGCAGAAGGAAGAAAAAGCAAAGAUCUGAGAAAACAAAGACUCUUCCGCAAGUCAGUCGUGAGAUCCUGGCGGAAGCAGAGAGACCGGCAAUGGUUGAAGUAUCCAUGCCUAAUGUGACUCCGGAAGAGGAGCACAAAACAGCAGAUCUAAAAGAAGAGCGUCUGUUCAGUCUAGUCUCUGAAGGAUCCGAGAUACUAAACAUCAUCGCUUCGCCGAAAGUGUCCAUGGUGGACGAAGAGGAGAGCAAAGGUCUGGAAGACAAUUUGUACUACCUUGAGGAGACACCUACCGUGAAAUCCACAGAGAUCCCAGAUGAACCCGAGCUGGAUGUUCAUUCAGAAACUGAGAAGAUCCCUUCAGUGAUACCAGAGCCCUUAGUCUCAUUCCCUCAUGUCCAAGUGCCUCGAAGAGGCGCGACAGCUGAAGACUACUUUGAGAAGUUCACGCUCCUUGACAAUCAAGCGCCAUCGGGAGUGGCGCCUGUUGAAGAAGCCCAGCAGCAAACGGAGGAAAAGAUCACACAGGAAGAAGCCGAUAAUGCUCCUGAUGUGGAACCAGGCCCCGGUGUCUCCUCAGCUGUGAGUAUGCUAGACAUUUCUGGCGAAGACUUGGACGAUGUGUUUUACGGCGGAGGCGGCGAGCCACACAGUCUCAAUAUUGCUGCGAGUGUUGGCGAAAAGGGAAGGGGGCUUUCCAAAUCCUCUCUAAAGGAAAGCGGCAGCGCCUUGUUUGGAAGCGAGGAGACAGUCCUCACUCCCAUAUACCUUCCCGAAGGUCCUCAGAAAAUCAUCGACCUCAACUUGCUGGAGGAGCCCAAAGCCUUGGCGUUUCUGUACUCGGAUCUGUAUGCGGAUGCCGUUGGGACCAGGAAGAAGAAGGACGAUGACGUCGAGAGCGUGACCUCUGAGAAAUCCUUCCACAGUCAAGAGUCCGACUACGGGGACAGAGGCUAUCUGGAGAAGUUCGUGCUCAAGGUUGAGACUCAAGCCACGGAGAACGACUUCAGGCGUCCCGAAGAACGGCAUGACCCUUUCAGUCUCACUGGAUUUGUGGAAUGCCACACAACGGAAGUGGAAAAUCAUGGAGAAGAGCUGGAAGAAAUCACAGAUUUCUUUAGAAACAGCGCAUCUUCGUCACCCUGCGAACCUGUCGAGUGGAUGGAGAGAGAAGAAGAGAUUGAAGUCGUCAGGACUCCUCGGGUUACUUUCAAAGAACCUGCGCCAACACGUACAGAACAACGGGCGAGCGAUCCUCAACCAUUUGCUGACGACGCUGACUUUUCAGAAAGUUUCUACCUGUUGAAAUAAGUGAUGAUUGUCCAGCAUGGGAGGAAAACUUGCCGACGAUUGUCAAAGAUGCUGCUGUAAAAUCAACUUCAACCCGGACAGAUGCACCAAAACUUAAACCAAAGCCAGUAAGCGAUAACAGCCAAAUCCAAGCCCAAAACACAGUCAAACCCAUAACUCCACGCCACAAACCCUUCCUGGAUCUGACCCCACUGCUGCCUGUCGAGACCGAGGGUGAGAAAGAAACAACAGAGGGUGAAAAGGAGAAAGAGAACACAAGCUCUGAAGAUGCUGGAUCAUCCAGCACUAAAGAAGAGGCCACAGACUGCUCGCUCUCCAAAGCGAUUCCUGACAUGUAGGACUGCAAUGAUCCCUCAAAACGGCUGGAUUAUCUGCAUGAGGGCGAUGCAGAAGCAGGUCAUGUUGAUGCUCCAGCUGCCAUGAGAAAGUCUGAUUGACAUUUAAGGGUCACUGAUUCGGUGGCUUGACAAUGAGUGAUCCAUCUGCAUUUGUGACGUCCUGCAAAAGAACAGAAAACGAGCAGAACAUUAUCAUGUGUCUCUGAGCGCAUCUGAGAAAAACAUAAAUAUGGAAUGUAGUUCAUGUACAGUAUAUGGUUGAUUAAGGCUAAUGAGACAAAACUGUGUGUUUGUGAGAGUGUAUGUACAGAUUACAGCUCACCUCCACAGCUGAAAAAUAAGUAAAUGAUAAAAAAUUAAAAAUCUUUGUACAAUAACCUAUGCUUAAAUGAUGUACAUAUGGCUAUAAUAUUCACCUCUAUAGUCACCAUGUAGUUAGCUUUGCUGCUCAAGCAUAUGUACAAGAGUGGAAUUAUUUUAUUUAAAAAUAAAUCACAAACGUGUAGACAUAUUUGAAUACAAUGAAUAAAGUAUAAAUGAUGUACUGUUAA